AUGAAUAAAAAAUCAAUAUUUUAUUUAGGUAUUGUUUUUUUAAUCGUAUAUUUUUCAAUUUUAGUUUCAAAUUCAACUGUUAAAACUAAAGAUACUGUUGACGAUUGCUGUUGCAAGAAAUCAAAUAUCGAUGUAUCAAAUGAUAAAGAAAUUAAUAUUUUAUUAAAUAAAAUUGUUAAAACUAGAUUUUUCAAAUAUUUCAAAGCAAACUUAUUUAGUGAAUGUCCAUUUUGGGUAAUUACAGCAUUAUGUGGAUCUGAGGGAUGUGGAGUUUGUGAAUGUGACGAAAAUGAAAUACCUUUACCAUGGAGGGUCGAAGAUACUACCAGCGAUAGAGUAGAUAUGUCACCACCACCACCAGGUUUUACCAAAUGGAAAGAUAAGAAGGACGAUAUGUGGGUUGUUGUAAAUGGACCAGAAUCAGAAUCCACCUAUGUAGAUUUAUCUAAAACACCCGAAUCCAAUACAGGUUAUGACGGUAGCUCAGUAUGGAGCUCCAUCUAUAAUGAAAAUUGUUUUACAAGACCAGUCGACCAAAUGUGUCUUGAAGAGCGUGUUUUCUACAAGUUAAUUAGUGGUUUACAUUCCUCAAUUACCAUUCAUAUAGCCUUAUAUUACAAUCAAGAUAAAGUUUUGGAUCAAUGGGAGCAUAAUUCAGACCUCUUCAAACAACGUUUUGAAAAUCACCCAGAUAGAAUAGAAAACCUUUAUUUCACUUUUCUCUUUUUACUACGUUCUGUUGGCAAACUUAAUCAUUUCUUAACAGACUAUCAAUUCAAUACUGGUAAUGAUAUCGAGGAUAAACAAACCUAUGACCUAAUGCAACAAUUAUUAAAAACAGAGUUAAUGUGUCAGCCAAAUUUCGAUGAAACAUUGUUAUUUAAGGAUACCUAUGAAAAAGAAAAUUUAAUAGGUCAAUUUAAAGAACAUUUCCAAAAUAUUAGUUCAAUUUUAAAUUGUGUCACUUGCGAAAAAUGCAAAUUAUAUGGUAAAGUUCAAACUAUGGGUUUAGGUACAGCAUUAAAAAUUUUAUUUGAUGACAAUAUUCAAUCAAUCCAAAGAAAUGAAAUUAUUGCAUUAAUUAAUACACUUAGACAGCUUUCAAACUCACUUCAUGGCAUUCAAACUUUAAAAACACCAUUUAACCAAAGCAAAUUUACUUUAAUCAAAAGAGAAAUCUUAAAUACUUUUAUAUUUUUGAAGACUUUAAUAUACCGAGUAGACGACACUGAUAAAAAACAAUUAAGUAAUAGUGGUUAUUCAUCAUCUCCAUUCGCAAUUUCUACACCUUCUUCGAAUAGUAGACCAAUAGCGACUCUAGUUAUAAUUUCAGUUAUAGUAAUUUUAUUAACAACAUUUAUAACAAAAUCAUUAUGUUCUUCAAAAUCAUCCAAAAAUAAAAACAAGAAUAAUAUCAAAAAAGAAUUGGCUCCAAAUAAUACAGAUAAUAGUAAUAAUAAUAUCGAAAAUAUAGAUAAAAAAAAUAAUAGUAAUAAUAGUAACACACCUACUCCUACCAAACAAAAAAGAAUAAAAAAAGUUGAAUAGAUUUAAUUAUAUAUAUUCACACCCACUUAUAAAAAUUAAACAAAC